AUGAACCUCAGAACCAGAGCCACCUCUGCUCCUGUCUUCCAGGUGUUGCUGCAGCUGUCACUGCUCCUGACUGCGAUGGUUCCCUUCACCCUCGGAGAAAGAAAUAGAAACUUAGAGGAAGCUGAAGUUUCUAUCCCAGGUGGAAGUGUGCAAGAGGAGCUCUAUGCUGAACUUCGCUGCAUGUGUACACAGACCACUUCUGGCAUUCAUCCCAGGAACAUCCAAAAUUUGAAGAUGUUUAAGGCAGGAACCCAUUGCCCCAAUGUUGAAGUGAUAGCCACGCUGAAGAAUGGGAAGAAGAUCUGCCUGGAUCCAAAUGCUCCCAUGAUCAAGAAGAUAAUCCAGAAAUUUUUGGAAGUUUCUAUCCCAGCUGGAAGUGUGCAAGAGGAGCGCUAUGCUGAACUUCGCUGCACGUGUAUACAGACCAUCUCUGGCAUUCAUCCCAGGAACAUCCAAAAUUUGAAGAUGUUCAAGGCAGGACCCCAUUGCCCCAAUAUUGAAGUGAUAGCCACGCUGAAGAAUGGGAAGAAGAUCUGCCUGGAUUCAAAUGCUCCCAUGAUCAAGAAGAUAAUCCAGAAAUUUUUGGAAGGUGAUGAGUCAGCUGUUUAA